UGGCUAGAUCUCUUUUACUUUUGCUUCUGAUGCUGAGACCCCUCUUUUUUCUCAGAAGUACAUUGGAGGUUUCCUGUGGAUAAAAAAAAAAACGAACGAUGAUGUCGCUUCUUUUGAUAUUACUGUCAAUACGGUUCAUUUUACCUUGCCACGGUGAAUCUGGUGCAGAAGCAAUAUUGGCAAAAGAGGGAGAGUCAGUAAUUCUAGACACCGGUGUUAAAAAAACCCAGCAGGACAGAAUUAGGUGGUAUUUGAAUGACAUCCGCAUUGCUCAAAUCAAUGGAGAUCCCAGUAAGACCUGUACAGAUAUUCAGUGUAAUGAAGGUAAUGAGAAUUUCAGAGACCGACUCAAGCUGGAUCAUCAGACUGGAUCACUGACCAUCGUGAACAUCAGAAACACAGAUGCUGGAGACUAUCAGCUGAAGUUCUACAGCAGCAGCAGCAUCACUGAAAAGACCUUCAGUGUUUCUGUCCAUGCUGUGGAUCCAAAUAAAGUUUCACUAUCUGCAAAAGAGGGAGAGUCAGUAAUUCUAGACACCGGUGUUGAAAAAGCCCAACAGGACAGAAUUAGAUGGUAUUUUAAUGACAUCCGCAUCGCUCAAAUCAAUGGAGAUCCCAGUAAAACCUGUACAGAUGUUCAGUGUAAUGAAGGUAAUGAGAAUUUCAGAGACCGACUCAAGCUGGAUCAUCAGACUGGAUCUCUGACCAUCGUGAACAUCAGAAACACAGAUGCUGGAGACUAUCAGCUGAAGUUCUACAGCAGCAGCAGCAUCAGUGAAAAGACCUUCAGUGUUUCUGUCCAUGGUGUUCCCGCUCCUUAUAAUAUGGAAAAGUCAGUGAAAGAGGGAGAAUCUUUCACUUUAGAUCCAAGUGCAAGGAUAAAUCCAAAUGAUAUGAUGACAUGGUUUUUUAAUAACACUUUCAUUGCUAAAAUUACUCUACCAGCUAAUAAGAUCUGUACUGAAGAUCAGUGUAAAGAGAAAUUCGGAGACAGGCUGGAGGUGGAUCAUCAGACUGGAUCUCUGACCAUCACAAAGGCCAAAACCACAGACUCUGGGCUUUAUGAAGUAAAGAUCAGCAGCCGCAGCAACCGUCAGCGCCGCAGCAUCAGCAGCAUGAAGAGCUUCAAUGUUAAUGUCAUUGGUUCAUCUUCGGUUCUUGUGGCAGGAAUAUGUGUUGCUUUCCUGCUGGUGUCGGCAUUGAUUGGUGUGAUUUACUAUCAAUACAGGAGGGUUAUUGGGAAGAAUCUGUAUGCUGUGGUAAAUCCAAAUAAUUUCCAGAAAACAAAUGCAUCAGUUUAAAGGGUAAAGCUGGUAACUUUAGAAAAUUGAAAUCAGCUGUUACUGGAAGCGUAAAAGUACACACACCUUUGUUUGAAUUGCAGGCAUUUAGUAACUAAAAAAAUUCCCUGAGAUAAAGACAGUGAGUUAGACAAGUUAGACAAGUUAAUUCUGAGUUAGACAAGUGUGCACACCCUUAAACUAAUACUUGUGUUAAACAUAUUUAAAGUCAAAGUCAGCUUAAUUCAACCACAUUCCAUUUAACCACAUGUACAGAACAUACAGAGAAUUAAAAUUGUGUUACUCUCAGACCCUAGGUUCCUAACAUAUAAUAUUAAUAUAACAAGUAGAAUUAAAAAAGAAAUUACAAUAAAUACAUUUACACAUAUAAUAUAAUCAAAAAUAUAAGUACAUUACAACAAUAAAUACAAGUAGCAAUACAAUUACACUUAAGGGCACAUGGCAAGGAGUGCAAACCAGAUGCAAAACAGUAUAUAGUGCAAAAAGCUUGUGAAUAUGAUAUUAUAGGUUUUGUCAUGUUAUUUGAAUGUGUAAUAAUACCUCAUAUAUAAUUAUAUUAUGUUGUAGAUAUAUACACACACACACACACACACACACAUAUAUGUGUAUAUAUACAUGGGAUGGGAUGGUUCACGAAAGAAAAACUAACCGUUCGGUUCUCUUGUCACGGUUAGGUACGUGUGUGCGGUUAAUUUUUGAUAGGGAAGCAAGUGUUUGGGGUGGUUUGGUAUUUGACUUGAAUAUCUGAUCCCAUAUCAUCCGCAGUGCUCUCUCUUUCUCCCUCUCUCUCUCUAUCAAGUACAACCCACCACUGUGCAUUUUAAUCUGUCCCAUCAAGGUUUAACGUUGUUGAUUUCUCCAGUUUACACCUUCUCUUUCACAGUUAAUGCUGCUAACUCGUAUGCUUCAGCUUAUAUCAGUUUAAAUAUUCCAGUGUGAGACGUGGCAGAAACUCAAUAACUUAUGCAGGCACUUUCUGUCCCAACUCACAAACAGGCAUCGGCCUGUAUAAGAUUCUGACGGUAUGAUAACCUGGAUAAAAAUAUCACGAUAUUGUGAUUACUGCUGUAAAAUAUGUUAUUUUUAAAUGUCUGGCUAAAAAACUAAAACUUUUUCCCCCAUUAAACACAACAUAUUUAAUUUCAAGAAACAUUUAAAAUAUUUUGUCAGGCUAAAAAAUUCC